UCACAAGGAGAAAGUCAAAGGGAAAAAGAGAAAAAAAUAUACAGUCCAGCAUAAUGCAUUAAAGAAAUUUCAAGAAAAAUGAAGAGAGAGUGGAAGAUGAUGAGCAUAAUGGAACCACAAAAGAGAAUGCAUUGAAAUCCCAACAAAGCAUGAAGGUUUUCUACAGAUGUCUUCGAAUGUCUUGGAAAUCAUGCAUGAUAACUUUUGUUAUGGUAUUAGUUCUACUGUGGAGUGGUUUGUUAUAUUUAGAUACGAGCCGUAAAGUAGAAUCACAGUGGUACCUGAAACCAGCACCAUGUAAAACACCAGCUUCUCAAAUCCAUGACAUGGUGGAAUUAACGUUUCUUCUUCACAACAUUUUAGAUAAAUUACACGUGCCACAUGUUCUGUGUUUUGGUACACUUUGGGGUGCAUUAAGAAAUAAUGAAAUAUUGCCGUGGGAUAACAAUGUGGAUAUCUGUGCCCAUAGUAAAGAUUUUAGUCAUGCUACCAGUAGUGAUAUGAUCGAUUCCCUAAAAGACCAUGGGGCAGUGGCAGUGUAUAAUUCUCGUUAUGGGUACUUUGAAAUCAAAUAUAAGCAGGCUUUAGGCUACAUCAAUCUUUUGGCUGAACAAAUUAGUUUUGGAGAUUCGCCGAUGAUGUAUCAGAUCGGAUGGGGAAGAUGGUCUUUGUUCAGUAAAGUUAAAGAGUUUCUCAUUCCAAGCAGAUUUAUGGAGUCUCCUUUUAAAACCACCAAUUUUUAUGGCAAACAGAUACCGGUUCCUCAUGAAGAUAUAGAAAUUUUGAAAUAUUUAUAUCCUAAUGAUUGGUGGCUUGAGAUAAAACCACCUGGUUGUUAAUUUUAGACCAAUACGCAACGAUUUUUGAAAAAAGUAUAAGUAUUUUUAAUACUACGAAGUCAAGAGCAUUCCAGUGAAACUGACAGAACAGUACUGUAUCUUCAGUGCUUGCUUUACCAAAUUAGACAUCCAGUCUGUUUGGCUUUCAUUUGUGAACCAAAUUAAUUCAAUGAAACAUUUUGUUGUUCAUCCUCGGUAUCCUCAGACAGGGUUAUCGGUCUGUUCUACUCCACUAGUGGGGGAUAUCCAGGAUGCUUGUGUUUUUAAAACAACAGAUCUAUGAUAAGUGUACAUGGAGAUAGUAUUACUGAACUUACUGAAGAUUCAACUUCUAAUUUAUAAGUCGUACUGAUUUUUAAGUGGCUUACAAAGAGCUUGUGAAAUGUACCUUGUUUAAGUAAGUCACUGCUCAAAUUUUCUAAAUUAUUAUAUGAUAUUAUAACAAUGUUUUGAUCUGUACUACUAUGAUAAUAUCUCUUUAGAUUUGUCUCUGUACUACUAUGAUAAUAUUUCUUUAGAUUUGUCUCAUACCCUACCUAAGGCUAACUAAAAAUUCUAAAAAUAUUUUUUGGUAGAUUUAAAGUUUUAUCUUGCCAUUCAGCUUUUUUAUUAUCUAGAUCAAAUGUGUAGUUUAGUUGUGGUGGAUUGGGAGUUGGGGGAAUUUUAUUUUAUUCUUGCUAAAUAGUUGUAUUUUUGAUAACAAUUUAAAGAUGUAAUAUUUAAAUCAAACCUCAGCCUUGUGUCUGCAUUCUAGUACAUGUACAUGUACCAGGUCAAGGUUUGACUCUGAAGAGAUUUUAGAUGUGGUAUUGAAAUCAAAUCUGACUGUAUUGGUUCUAAUAUUCUAUUUGUUUUACUAAAAGUAACCAGUGUUAAGAUUUUGACCAUAACCAUGACGUUUUAGCAAUUAAAAUGAUGAACUUACGAUAUAUAAUACAAUAGAUAGACAGUAGGCCUAAUAAAGAUAAGCAGAAAGGAAAAAGAUCCUGAGCCAGAGUUCACAAAGCAUUCCCAGACUUAAGUUAAGAAUUUUCUCAACUUUGAUCCAGAAACAGAAAACUUUGCACAUCGUUUCUUUAUGAAUUUGAUACAUUUAAAUAACAAAAGUUUUAUAAAGGGGUAUAUUUUAGUUAAAAUAAAGCAAACAAUUUUGAGUAACUUCUUAACUUAACAAUGCUUUGUGAACUUGGGGCCAGAAAGUUUUAGAGGGUAGGAAAUAACUGAAAGCGAUUCAAUAUUUUGGGGGUUCUUUGUUUGCCAGCCUCCAUGACCAUCAAAAUAUCUCUGGAAAAUUGUCCUUUUAAUUGACAAGUCUUUAUACACCCACAUUUUCAUAUGGACAUAUAUUGUAGUCGCCCCUGUCCGUCCGUGUGUCCGGACAUCUGUUCACAUUUUGUUUGUGGACACAAUUUUUAUCUGAUUUUGAUGAAACUUAAAAUGUAUGUUAUAACCCACAGAUCACAGUUCUAUUCGAUAUUGGUGCAUAUCGGACAGUUCUGGAAACUAAAGGGGUCACAAUUUUUAUCCGAUUCAGAUGAAACUUAAAAGUAUUUUUUUAUAUCCCAAAGAAUAUGGUUCCUUUUGAUAUUAGCGCUUAUCAGAUUGUAACUUCCUGGAUUAUUUAUGACCCCUGAUUGUACAGAAAUAAAGUUUUUAGCUUGUUCUCUGUCCAUCUCUUGCAAAAUGUGGGCGUAUCUUGCAUGGCAACCUCUUGUUAAAGUAGCAAAGUCUCUAACUCAAGAUCAUCCAAAGUUUUUGACAUUGAAAACACAAAUUAUUUGUCAAUCUAAAUCAACAUUGAUGUUGUGAUCUUACCGGGAAAAGAUGGGCUUCUGAUAUCCGAUAUUUAAGACAAAAUAACCAUUUUACCAUUGGUACACGAAUCGUGUACCAUAAUGCGUUUCAGUGCCAUUUGUAACACGGGACUCGAGAAACGAGGCUAGAGAUAUUCUAUAAGUCAUGUCAAACGGUGACGCCAUUUUCUUAUCUGGAGACCAUGUUCAAUAAAUACUAUCGGUGCAUGCUGGAAUAACCAGACCCUAGAGAUUGCCAUCUGCUUGAGACUUAUGUCGUAUUUCGCCGAACAUUCUGAUUUGAAACGGAAACGAUUGAAUUUAAAACAGUUUAUAUACAUACAUAUUACAUUAUUAUAUUCGUUGCGACCCAUUUGUGUCAGUUUCUAGGUCCCAAACAUUAGCGAUUUAGCUCCUUUAAGUAAAUAUUACUUUUUAUACGUCCACAUUGAAAUGUGGACGUAUAUUGCCGUCGCCCCCGUCCGUCCGUCUGUCGGUCCGUCCGUCCAUCGUCCACAAUUUCUUGUGAACGCUCUAGCGCCAAAAGUUAUCAUCCAAUUGUUUUAAAAUUGAUAUAUGUUGUUUACAUUAGUGAGAUGAAGAAGCCUAUUUAAUUUCAAUAAUUUCCGUUUAUUACGUCUAGAGUUAUGGCCCCUGUUUCACUUUGUUGAACUUUGUGAACGCUCUAAUGCCAAAAGUUAACAUACGAUCUUUGUGAAAUUUAUAUGCAAUAUUUAAGUUAGUGAAACAAAGAAGCCUAUUGAAUUUCAACAAUUUCUGUUUAUUACGUCUAGAGUUAUGGCCCUUGUUUCACUUUAUUGAAACUUGUGAACACUCUAACUGCAAAAGUUAUCAUCCGAUCUUUCUGAAAUUUAUAUGCAUUAUUUAAAUUAGUGAAACAAAAAAGCCUAUUGAAUUUCAGCAAUUUCUGUUUACUACAUCUAGAGUUAUGGCCCUUGUUUCACUUUACUGCACAUUGUGAACGCUGUUAACGCCAAAAGUUAUCACCCAAUCUUUGUGAAAUUUAUAUGCAUAAUUUAGAUUACUGAAACGAAGAAGUCUAUUGAAUUUCAGCAAUUUCCGUUUAUUACGUCUAGAGUUAUGGCCCUUGUUUCACUUUAUUGUACCUUGUGAACGCUCUCACACCAAAAGUUAUCAUCCGAUCUUUCUGAAAUUUAUAUGCAUUAUUUAGAUUACUGAAACAAAAAGAAGGCUAUUGAAUUUCACCAAUUUCCGUUUAUUACAUCUAGAGUUAUGGCCCUUGUUUCACUUUAUUGAUCCUUGUGAACGCUCUAACGUCAAAAGUUAUCACACAAUCUUUGUGAAAUUUAUAUGCAUUAUUUAGAUUAGUGAAACGAAGAAGCCUAUUGAAUUUCAGCAAUUUCCAUUUAUUACAUCUAGAGUUAUGGCCCUUGUUUCACUUUAUUGAUUCUUGUGAACGAUGUAACGCCAAAAGUUAUCACCCGAUCUUUGUGAAAUUGAUAUGUAUGAUUUAAAUUAGUGGAACGAAAAAGCCUAUUGAAUUUCAGCAAUUUAAAAUAAUUACUUCUAGAGUUAUGGCCCUUGUUUCACUUUAUUAAACCUUGUUAAUGCUCGAUUGAUGAAAGUUAUCAUCCGAUAUGUAUGAAAUUUAUAUGCAUCAUUUAAAUUUAUGAAACAGGUCUAUUGAAUUUCAGCAAUUUCCGUCAAUAAUUUCUAGAGUUAUGGCGAUUGUGAACGUUUGAAUGACAAAAGUGAUCAUGUGAUCUGUAUGAAAUUUAUAUGCAUUAUUUAAAUUAGUAAAACGGAAAAGCCUGUCAAAUUUCAACAAUUUCUGUAGAUUACUUCCAGAGCUGAGACCCUUGUUUCAGUUUGUAGAACCUUGUAAACCCUCAAACGACAAAAUUUAUAAUCUGAUCUGUAUGGAAUUGUCUUGUAAAGGCCCCAAUUAUCUACAAAGGAAUAAAUAAGCGGCAACCCUUGUCGACCGCUCGGACGAUUUAGCUGCUGUGUGCGUAUGUUUUGUUGCCUGGCAACCUAUCUUUAAAACGUGGGAAUAAAACAAGACAUUUGAAGUUUGUUAAAGGUUUGGGAAAAAGUAGUCCCCGUUGAAGCUAUUGAAUACAACCAUGGGUUAUUUAAUGGCUGUAUUCAAUGGCUAAAUUCAAUGAUAUUUUCUUGUAUUUGCAUGCACAUGUAGUUACAGAAUAAAUUCCCUGCUGUUGCCAUUUGAAAAUGGGAAAUCAGUUAGCCAGUCCUUUAUGUUUAUGAAAUCAUGUGGGAGCCAUAAAAAGCUCCUGCCAAUUUAAAAACUGAGAAAAAAGUUCCCAUGAAAAACUUUUGUUAAUUAUACAGCAAGAGUAAUUCUACAUUUUCAUGGAUUAAGGAGAGACAAAUUGCAUUUAUGCUUUAGUUUAUUAAACUCUAUAUUUAGGAGAGUGAUUUAGCUAAUUUUCGGGAGUCUGCGAAGGAAAGUCGAGGUGCGUCGAGAGGAGCAGGACUGAAAGAGCACCAUAAGCCUGAAAGACUGGUUAGCUAUAACUACUGAAGUCCAAUUGAGCCAAUCUGUGCCAAAACAAACCAUGACACCGAACCAUAACACUGGUAUAUGAAAUACCCUAUUGUUUUAUUAUGUGUUAAAUAGGUGCUCAUGUCUUAUUGCAGAAUUGAAUAUUAAAAUACUACAUGUAAGUUUAAAAUGGACUGUUAUGUGGUUGUUUUUUUUCAUUCUGAAAUUGGGAGUGGAAAGAUAAAGUUUGUUUAGACCCUGUUAGAUUGAAGCAUAAUGACAAAUCAUAUCAUUUUGGGGUUUUCCAUUUGAUAAAUAUGCCAAUAUUAGUGCCAUUACAAUUCCCAGACAUUCCUGACAAGAAAGGAAUAAUUAAUUCUAAUUACCAGGUGCAGGUAGUAGCCACCAUACCUUUUAAGAUGGUUGAGUAUAAGCUACUCCCACAUAUACAUUCUGAAAUGAGUUCUGUUCUUACUGAAUAUAAGUUGAAAAGAUUUUCCUUACAGAAUAUGUACUGCUGUCAGAUGUGGGUUUUUUCUUUAGUGUUAAUUGCACACAUUGAAUGUCCUUGUAUGACGCCCAAACGGUCAGUGCUAAUAAAAAAAACCUCUUUUUCUAAAAAUGCAUUUAUAUCUCAGCUAAUUAUGAACUGAUUGAACUCAAAUGAAAAUGAAUUUUAGAAUUUAAAAAUUAAGGGCAAUGAAAUUUCAAUAAAAGAAGCAACAAAGUGUAUUUUCAUAUUCCUUUAAAUGCCAAUAAUUAAAAUGAAAUGAUCAUACAUACACUAGAUCAAUUUUACAUUGUUCAUCAUAUUUAUUUAAUUCAUUCAAGGUUUCAGGUAAUUGCUCAAUUCAAUAUAUAACUCAAAAGAAAUUCUUAUGCCAUAACAAUUUUAGUGGCUGAAGAAUAAUUUCUUUCCUUGUAUUUCUUAAAUUACUGGUAAUUAUUUUGUGGAGAGAUUUAGUACUAAACCAGAAUGAAUAUCUUUCUAUUACUCUUAUUUAUUUUGUGUAUUCCUGUUACCCAUGCAUGUUUUAAAAUAUCUGAAACAAUUCACCGAUUAGCUCAUAAAUAUAUAUAUUAUAUAAACUUUACUCAUAAUUAAAACUUAGGCUGAUUUGAUUGAUCUAUUUGUGCUGUUAGUAUAUUGUAAUACUUGGUAUUACCCUAUUUGAAUUAUGUAAAAUAGUAGCUUAUAAUGAUAAUUGCUAUUACUUGUUUAUAAUUUUAUAAUAAUUACAAUUGAUUAUUGUUUUACUUUUAAUUUCCUUUCAUUUUAAGUAGACUUUUUGAAUUUAAAUAUUUUUAAUGUUCUUGUCAAAGAUACUUCUUUAAGUACCUGUAGAUAAUGAUCCUCAUUAUCUAUGGCUAGUAUAAGACUGUAAUGCAUUUACAAUUGUUUCAUAAUUCUGUGUCUUAAAACAAUACAAGUUUCUUUCAAAUUUUCUAAUUUGUUAUACAGUGCAAAUGUGUUACUUAUAUUUUAUAAAAAUCCAUAUAAUGAAUCUACAGAAAAUCCAAAUAUAUGUUAUGUUGUUGUUCCAUGUUCUUUAUUAUUUUGUUUUGUUAAGAAAGAUAUCUGUUCCUUUGAAAAAUGGCUAAUAUCUGUUAAUACAUGUAUGUAUAAAAUAUUUAUUUUUCUAGUUAAUCACGUUUCUUUUAAUACAAGUACAGUAUAAACUUGUGACUCUAGGUUGUUUUUGAUAGGCUGAAUCCAAAUCGGGUCUCAUUCAUUUGUAUUCAAGAUGUUUUGUGUUCGAGUAUUUGUUCAGUCAAGAGCUAUACAUUAUAUGGUGUAGCAUAUUUGACCACUGAGAAAGAAGGAAUAUACAGAUUUGUUUUAAUCAAGCAUGGUCUAACACAAGAUUGUUAACUGUUCCAUUGGCAUGCUGUAAAUAACAAGGGUAUUGGUCAUAAGUGAUGUCCAUUAAUUAAUUUGUCUGAAUAACACUGAAAGUUUUGUGAAUGUGGCAAAUAAGCCUAUAAUGUUUUUUUAAAACAAGUAUGAUAAUACUAUAUGGAACAGGGACUGGGCGUGAUGUCAUCACCACCAUCUUAGAAUUGAGACCUCAUAGUGUGUCAAGUUUCAAUCAAUGCUAAAUUGUCCACGGAUCAAGCAUGCCAAGUUUCAUGUUGGUCAUAUUUUAAAUGUAGGAGACUUGGCCUUUUUCGAAGAGCAUCAUCCACAUGUAGAAUAACAAGAUGUGUAGCGAUUGGGCCCAGUUCCUGCUUAAUAAUAGUUUGCUCAAUUUAACAGUGUUAACAUUUACUAAUUUAAAAAUAUUAUGAUUUUGUUUGUCUAUUGAAAUUUUGUCAUAUUAUCUAGAUACAUUUUGUCAGAACAUCUAACCUAGCCCAUAUAUGUAGAACCAACGAUUUUCACUCUUGUAAUAUGUAACCUUCAUGUUUUUACAUCGAAAAAAGACUCAAACAUGGUGCAUUGGUCAAUAUGUAAUUAAGUAAUAUAUUAUCAAGACUCACAGUGCUGUACAUAUUUUUAUACCCACUUUAUAUAAAUUAUGAUUAACACUCCUGAUCGUCGUAUGUAUUUUUUUGACAAUAUCUAAUUUUUCACAAAGUAAUCCACACUAAGAUAUACUCGAAUUCAUUAUUUGAGAUUUAGAUAAAGAGCUGGCCGGCCUUGCUAUAAUAGUUCAAAAAAAGGUAAUGCAAAAUAAAUAUAUUGAAAAUCUCAUUCAAAUUACUUUAUUCUAAGCAAAGAUAGCACUGUUUGAAGUUUUGACAAGAUAUGGCAUAGAUUGUUUAUUAUUGUAACAACGGUACUGGUUAUUUGAGACUUAGCCUCGCUUCGCCAUUUUUAAAUUAAAUCAUUAAAUGGCCAAAACUUUCUAAUCUUCUUAAAAUCUGAGCCAUCCCAUGGCCCAGGGAGUUAACUGUGGUCUUGUCAUGUUAAUAAAUGUUUAUAUAACAUAUGAAGCCAAAAUAAACACCUGCAAUAGGCAGAUUUAGCUCUUGCCUAAUGCAUGUUUAAGAAAUAAGACAAAAUAAAUAUAUAAAGUUACAUGAAUUUUGGAUUCAAUCAGAUUAAACAAGAGGCCUAUCAAGAUAUUUUACCAACACUUGGUGCUUGAUUAUGGUACUACCUCGGCUCUUCAUUAAAUCCACUAGGUAGGAUGAAAUGAAAAUUAGUGUUUGUCUUUCAAGUCUCAUAUAUUCUAAGAAAUAUUUGACUGUAAAAGAUUUUUAUUAGCAAAGGGAGUGAUUAGAAACUUUAACACGAGUUCACUGAAAACACCAUUAGAAAGUUAGCAAGCCCCUCCUAAUACUAAAGUAAAUAAGGCAUUUUAAAGCUUUCAUUAGUAAUUCUAACCUUUUUGCAAUUGACAAGACAAAUUAUUUGUUACUGUACUCACUAAUAAUAGACAUUUCUUUUGUCUGAUGGUUUCAAUUUAGAAUGUGGUGUGUGUGGGGAGGGAGGUAUAAUCACAUUCUGAAUUCAAUAAUAGGAAAUUUUUAUUUUAGUAAACUUAUAUUGGAGAAUAGCUGCUUCAUAUCUACAAUUUUUUGAUAAAUUUUGAGAAAAAAGAAUUGAAAUCUUUCUACUUCAGUAAUGUUAAAGGGAUAUACGCAGACAGUCAAUUCCAUUUGACCAUGAUCUUUUUUAUUCUCUAUCAAAUACAUUUCCUACCUUUCAUAUGACAAUCUGUGAAAAUAUGGGCUUUUUCAAUUUAUUCUUUGCUGAGAUAUCGCCAUCUGAAAAGCUGUGUGGAAAUGUGUAAGGUGACUUAUGUAAUAAAGUAAACAUCAUGUAACCAUAAUUCCUAGCAAUCUUGAAUUUCUAAAAUUAUCUUCUGAUUAUGUAAAGUAUUCCUUACAAUCACUCUGUUGAUACAAAAUUAUUGUGAAAUUAGACAGAAGUUACCUAAAACAUAUGGCAACUCCUCAAUAUUGUAAAACAAUAGGAAAAUUAUCAUGUUGAGGUUUUAUGUGAGCAUCAUUAUUUAUAAUUCAUCUUUUAUAACCAUUGAUAUCACCCUCAAAGAUAUAAAUUCUAAUUAUCAUAUUGGACCAAAUAAGUGUCUAUAGUUAUGAACAGGCAGUAUUCUUAAGUGGAAGGUAACAUCUAGUUAAAUAUUUUUAAUCUGUUAAUUGUCAUAUGUUUAUAUUCUAUAUGUGAACUUACCGGUAUAUUAUUAUCACACAUGGUCCUAAAUCUGUUCACAAUUCUUGUAAAUGUUUGUGGGUCAGCUUUUAAGGUUAUAUUCUAAAAAUUGCCUGGAUUGUAUAGCAGUUCAC